AUGAUGACGCCAAACGAACAUCGUGGAUCCGUCGCUUCGGCAGAUUCGUCGCUGACGACGCCUCAUGCACAUCUACCCCACCAUCUCAAAUACGGCCAUGUGGUUGCUUCCGGGUUCUUGCCCGACGAUUCGGACGACGACUCUGCCGGUGACAACAACAACGACAACAACCGUUCACCCGAGACCAACGAUGCCGCCAGCGCUCUAGCCGGCGCAGACAGCCUCAGCCUUGCUGCUUCUACGUUGUCCGGUGUCUCUUCGUCGCCGACAAAGCAAGGCCUCGAUGCAAAGGCACGCAAAUGGCGAUCCAUGGAGCGACAAGAUGCACGAAAUCGAGCCCUGCACGAGCAACGACGAUACCUUUUCCGUCGACCACGCGCACUCCAGUACUUUCGCGGCAACAUCCUCGUCCGAUCGGAGGAAGAACGGUCCUCUCACCGAUUGGAGCUGUUUUUUGAUCUGGUGUUUGUCGGUCUCAUUGCCACGUUGGCCGAGGAGGCGAUCCACGAGCACAACGGCGAUGCCGUUGUGCGGUAUAUCCUGACGUAUACCGCUGCCUGGAUGAUUUGGAACUACAUGCGCGAAGUGUUCAAUGCGUUUUUUGUCGACGACCUGCCGCAGCGAGUGUUGGUGCUCGCGGUGAUGGCUUGUUUGGUGGUGUACGGAAACAAUGCGCCUGCAGCCGAAAAAAGCAUGCACGAAUCAGGCGCUCGGGCUACUGCCGUUGGUUCGUACCUGUUGGCAGGAGGACUCGUGUUUGGUAUCCUGACCUUCUACAGCUUCUAUAUUUGCCAGUAUCGCAUCCAGAUCCGGUCGCAGGCAUUUGUCUGGUUGGUGGUGCUCGGUAUUUGGAUCGGGAGCAUCUUUGUUUCCGUCGAGGCGUGCAUCGCGAUGGUGGUGGUGGCAUUGAUGCUCGAGUAUUCUUCGUGGAUGUUUUUCUACAGUCCUCUCUUCAAAAGGUUGGCCAAGCUGCGCUACUCUUCGGCAGUGGCCAUCGAACAUGAGAUUGAUCGUUUUACCGAUUUUGUCACUCUGGUUCAUGGCGAGUUUCUGUACAGCGUCAUCUCGGGUCAACCUGCAGGUCAUGGGAUGCAUUCGGGUGUUGCAAGGAUCAUUCUCACCGUCAUCAUCGCUUUUGUGCUCCACGGCAUCUACUGCUGUGGAGCCGGAAGCAGAUCAAUCACGCAUCCAAUUCGACGCGAUAUGCGCCAUGCGAUACCGUACUUUGCGUUGCAUCUUCCUCUCGUAUCCGCCAUCACCUUGUGCGGCGAUGCUACGGCCGAGUUGGUCAAGGAGAACGAGGUGGCUCAGGGCAUCCGCUGGAUCUUUUCCGCCACCUACGCCAUAGGAAUGGUCUCAACAGCGUUGCUCGUCAUGAUGGAAAAGGAACACGAUGCACCCGGCGAGCUGUUCUUCUCGAAACCAAUCAGGAUUGCGCCGAGGUUUGUAGCAGCGAUUGUGGUGUUGCUGUUGCCAUUGGCAGAGCAGCAACAUGUCAACUCGACGGCCUUGUUGGGCAUCGCUGCGGCGUUGGGGGCAGCGUCGUGGUUGUGGCAAGAAUUUGGCGCGCUGGAUGGACCCAAUGCCGCUUGGUACCAGCACGGUACGAGCGAGACUCAGGAUUUUGCUGGAGCAAGACGGUGGAAGGGUUUCCCAACUGUGGUCGAGCCCGGAGCUUGGAUCCUUGAUUCCACCAAGCAGCGUGGACGCACAGCAACUUUUGUGCAGCAACAGGAAUCGGAUUCCGCCCCGAAGGAGGCGAGUGCGGAGGCCGUCCCAGAGGAAACAGCAAUGAGGUCGUCGAAGGUUGACUGA